CAGCUUACAGCAAGCACUGGCAAGGCUGCUGAGCCCGGGAGCAUCGCCUUCGCCUGGCCCUGUUCAGUGGAGAUUCCUCCGAGGAGGUCAGUUUGCAGACCUUAGAAGUGUUGCAGGCAGAGAUCAGACCGUCGUGCAGGACAUGCUGACUGCAGCCCUACCAGAAGCAGAGCACAGUAAUAAAGACAUUGAACGGUUUGAAAAGGAAACAUCUAACAGGCUAUUUCAGGUGGCAUGAGGGAUGCUGUGCCAGAGGCGCACAUGGGUGGUGCUGGCCCUGUGCCUGCUGCUGGUCCUGUGGCAAAGUUUCCGAGCCCCCACGGAUGGCCUUGGCUCCUCUCCUUGGGCUCCCUCCUUCGACACUCCUGCUGCCCAUUGCACUGUCAGCACCAACAGCUCUGCAUGGUUCAAUGCCCGCUACAAUAUGGCUAUGGGGCCUCUGCUGACAAGCGCAGCCCAUGAGCUCUCCUCUGAUGUGGUUCAGUGGUGGCUGACCCUGCAAGGUCCCCAGCGUGGGGGCCAGCUCCAGGCCAUAAUUCAGCAGCUCUUCACUGUCCUCCGAACCCCGACCAGUGAUGUGUGGGACUCAUCUCGCUGCAGGACUUGUGCGGUGGUGGGGAACUCAGGGCGGCUGAAGGGCUCCAGCCAUGGGCUGCGGAUUGAUGCCCAUGACUGGGUGCUGAGGAUGAACAGAGCAAAAAUCACCGGCUUUGAGCUGGAUGUUGGCAGGAGAACAACCCAUCAUUUCAUGUACCCAGAGAGCGCAGUGAACCUUGGGCCCAGUGUCCACCUCGUCCUUGUCCCCUUCAAGCCACUGGACCUGCAGUGGGUGGCCAGCGCUUUCUCUACUGGAGAGCUCACACACACAUACGUGAGAGUGAAACAAUUCAUCAAAGCUGACAGAAACAAGGUAAGGGCUCCGCGUGCUUCAGCUCCUCCUGGACAGGCAGGGCUCCUCUGGGCAGAGACUGGACUGGUGUGUGUUGUUUUUUUUUGUUUGUUUUUUUUUUUUUUUUUUCGGCAGAAUGUGGGCAGAGCCAAGAGGGGGAGAGGGCUGAUGGUUGCACUGGUGGAGGGAGCUGUCUGUCCCAUUCAGCACAGUGAGCAGCUGAUGGCUCCUCCUCUCCCCCUGCAGGUGCUGAUCCUGAGCCCAGCUUUCCUCAAGUACAUCCAUGACAACUGGAUGCAGCGCCAGGGGCGGUACCCCUCCACGGGCUUCACAGCCCUGCUUUUUGCCUUGCACAUCUGCCAGCAGGUCUCUGUGUUUGGCUUUGGAGCAGACAGUGAAGGGAACUGGCACCACUACUGGGAGAAAAACCGCUGGUCCGGAGCAUUCCGGAGGACGAGGGUCCAUGAUGCUGACAUGGAAUUCAGCAUCAUUGAGAGACUGGCAGCUGAAGGGAGAAUUUUAUUCUACAAAUGAUGCAUUUCCAAGAAGCUGAAGCCAGGCUGUCAGUGCAGAAACUGGCAGUCCCCUGCACCGCUGGCAGCUGCCACAGCUCUUUAGCUUGCUUGUCCCACUCCUCUGCCAGAGCUGCCACAAGCCCCGGCCCACAGACCCUGUGAUCCCCAGGUUCUUGGUGCUGGGCACUGUGGGUGCCAGGAGGUGACAUGCUCCUGUGGCACCAAAGACAUUGGAUUUCACAGGAAACAGGGAGCGCAUGGCCCUACCCAUGCUGGCUGGGAGAGAGAAAGCAGAGACAGUGGGGCUGACGGUGGGUGUGGAGCCUGUGAGCUGCCUGUGCCUACCCCUGCAGUGGCCAAGAAACUGCUGGGUGACAGCAGUGGUGGUGACAGCAGCUCUUCAAACAUAGCUGGCUGCAUGACAGAACUGAUACUUCACUGAUGGCUUUUGGGGGGAGGUUCGUAGUUGUUGUUUGGGCAGGAGGCAUCUUCCCUUCCUGUCUUUUUAUAACUAAGGAAAGAUUUUAAAAAUUGUAUCAAAGAAGAGUAAGAAAGGAAAAAAAAACAAGCAUGCCAAGUCGGUAGACAACAAACUCAAGUACAGCUGAAAUUAUCUUACGCUGAAUAAACUUUGAAAACACA